UGUUGAACUGCAUGUCUAAAGUGUUAAACCGUAUCAUCAGUAUAAACACUCGUUCCCAGUGCUAGUGCCCAUCGAGAAAUCUAUUCAUUUUGUGUCGGCAGCUGCGCGGUGAUAAAGAUCUGAUUGAUCACCAUAUUUUCAUUCGUGCUAUACUGCAGUUCGUUGUGGAUUCCAUCCGUUAUUCGUGCCAUACUGCGUUUCGUUGCGUACUCCAUCUCCGCUAUACUGCGUUUCACCGUGAAUCGCUUCUAACGCGAUAAGAGUAUCUCCACCGGUGUUCUAUAUCAAUAUCGAGUUCGACGAAAAGGUGUAAUUAUGGCGAAACUACUUUGCGGAGAGUGUAAACAAGAGAUUAACGAUCUCGAACCAAUUCGUUGUGGUUUCUGCGAGGCCUCGUUCCACAUCAAUCAACAGUGUUGUGGAUUAAAUUGUCGCACCAUGAAAGACGCGUUUGCAUCAGGGAAGGCAAUGUUUAUUUGUUCCUUCUGCAGAAGUAAGCUAAACGGUCGUUCCAUUGAAGCCUAUAUUGCUGACAACUGCAACCGCCAACAAGAAGCAAUGCCACCGCUUGCCGAUGUACCAAAACAAGUACAGGAGCUGUUCACAGUGGUCGAAAAACUGAGCCAGAAAAUUGACAACUUUACUGGUCAGUCGACCCAACCAUCCCAAUCACUUGGUAUUUCCUCGCCGUCAGCAUGGCCUAGACUCGGUGUUAAACGCCGUCGAGAAGAUCGAAGGCCGGACGUGUCGGUUCCCGCUGUAAGCGGUACGAAGACGAUCGAUCUAAGCGAGAUCCAACUGUCUGUGCCGUCUAUCACGAAAGCCCCGCUACCGGAACAGUUUUGGUUGUAUAUGACUGGAUUGAAUCCGCUAAUUACCGAUACCGACGUGCAAAAAAUAGUUUCGCGAUGCCUGAAUAUUUCUGAUGGUGCUGAGGUUGCGCGCCUUGUUCCCAAAGGGAAAGACGUGUCAACUUUGACAUUUGUAUCCUACAAAAUCGGAUUAGAUCCUGCUCUAAAGGAAUUAGCUCUGGAGCCUUCAUCCUGGCCUGUUGGAAUACGUUUAAGAGAGUUCAUUGACUACUCAAAAAACUGAUUCAAAACUCAAACACCACUCAACAAUCCGUUGACCAUUUCCCACAACACUCCCGUUUAAAAGAUGAGCUAGGCUCAUUGAAUCACCGAUACCAGCCAGUUUCAACACCAGGAUGCACGCCUGCAAGCCUCAUGGGAGCCCCUAAUCCCCUCGUCACAGUCGAGCCCUUCCUGCCAGCGUCCCGCAGCCAUCCUGGUCCUGUGUACGAGUGUGGAGAGGGGGUCUUCCAACCCGUCCUCGCAGGCAAGUACAUUUCCGAUGAACAUCCUUCCCUUCUGGUAACUCGCACCCCUUUUGGCAGUUCUUCUUGCACUAGUUUUGGACCCAGCACAACAACGUGUCCCGAGAUCAUUUCAAACGACCGCAUAAUACCUCCAUCUUCAAGCCAGCCAUCUUCUGCAGUGGUUUUAACCCCGGGAUGCACGCCUGCAAGCCUCAUGGGAGCCCCUAAUCCCCUCGUCACAGUCGAGCCCUUCCUGCCAGCGAUCCGCAGCCAUCCCGGUCCUGUGUACGAGUGUGGAGAAGGGGUCUUCCAACCCGUCCUCGCAGGCAAUUCAUCUUGCACUGGUUUUGGACCUAGAACAACAACGUGUCCCGAGAUCAUUUCAAACGACCGCAUCAUACCUCCAUCUUCAAGCCAGCCAUCUUCUGCAGUGGUUUCAACCCCGGGAUGCACGCCUGCAAGCCUUAUGGGAGCCCCUAAUCCCCUCGUCACAGUCGAGCCCCUCCUGCCAGCGAUCCGCAGCCAUCCCGGUCCUGUGUACGAGUGUGGAGAGGGGGUCUUCCAACCCGUCCUCGCAGGCAAGUACAUUUCCGAUGAACAUCCUUCCCUUCUGGUAACUCGCACCCCUUUUGGCAGUUCUUUUUGCACUAGUUUUGGACCCAGCACAACAACGUGUCCCGAGAUCAUUUCAAACGACCGCAUAAUACCUCCAUCUUCAAGCCAGCCAUCUUCUGCAGUGGUUUCAACCCCGGGAUGCACGCCUGCAAGCCUCAUGGGAGCCCCUAAUCCCCUCGUCACAGUCGAGCCCUUCCUGCCAGCGAUCCGCAGCCAUCCCGGUCCUGUGUACGAGUGUGGAGAAGGGGUCUUCCAACCCGUCCUCGCAGGCAAGUACAUUUCCGAUGAACAUACUUCCCUUCCGGUAACUCGCACCCCUUUUGGCAGUUCAUCUUGCACUGGUUUUGGACCUAGAACAACAACGUGUCCCGAGAUCAUUUCAAACGACCGCAUCAUACCUCCAUCUUCAAGCCAGCCAUCUUCUGCAGUGGUUUCAACCCCGGGAUGCACGCCUGCAAGCCUUAUGGAAGCCCCUAAUCUCCUCGUCACAGUCGAGCCCUUCCUGCCAGCGACCCGCAGCCAUCCCGGUCCUGUGUACGAGUGUGGAGAAGGGGUCUUCCAAGCUCCGUUUACAGGCGAGUACACUUGUAAUCCCAGCAACUGUCUCUCUGUGCCCGUUGUUCCAUAUUCCAGAAUUUCAAACACGCCAUCGAAUACCACGGUUACAAAUCCGGUGUUUAAUGAUACCUUGCUGAUUUAUUAUCAGAACGCUGGAGGAAUGAACUGCGACGUUACCAAAUACUACCUAGCAACAUCCGACGGCUGCUACGAUGUUGUAGUACUGACCGAAACCUGGCUUGAUCCCCGAACGACAUCCAGUUCGGUUUUCGGUCCCGAUUACGAAGUAUUUCGCUGCGACCGGAGCCCCAGAAACAGCCGCAAACUAACAGGUGGUGGUGUCCUCAUAGCUGUGAAGAAGACACGCAGGGUCACCAAUAUCCAAAACGACCUAUGGGGAAGCGUCGAGCAAGUGUGGGUGCGUAUCCAGCUGUCAAACCGCUCUAUCUUCCUUUGCGGAAUCUACUUCCCGCCAGAUCGUAUACGUGAUGAAUCAUUGAUCGAUACGCAUAACCUGUCUAUUAUGUCAGUUGUCGAAACUGCCUCAGCUACGGAUGAAAUCAUCGUCAUUGGGGACUUCAACCUACCUGGAAUUUCAUGGCGGUCGUCCUGCAAUGGGUUUCUCUAUCCCGACGUCGAACACUCCUCUAUACACAACGGUGCUUCCAAACUCCUCGAUUGUUACAGUACCGCUACGCUAAGACAGAUUAAUCAAGUGACUAAUGAAAACAACCGCUGUUUGGAUUUAUGUUUCGUUAGCGCUCAAGAAGAAGCUCCAGUUAUUAUCGAGGCUCCGUUACCUUUGGUCAAAGAUGUCAAUCACCACAAAGCGUUAGUUAUCACACUCCAUGAUCACCAGAUUAGCUUGGCGCAAUCGAUCAGUUCGGUUUUUUACGAUUUUCGUAAAGCCGACCAUCAGAGCAUUAUCGAAUACCUGGCAGCUAUUGACUGGAACGAUGUUCUCGAUGAACGUGACGUGGACAUUGCAGCGCGGACUCUCUCGCACAUUCUGGGACAUAUCGUCGAUAGGCAUGUGCCUAAAAAGAUUCGCGCCAACAAUGACCAUCCAUGGAUAUCUCGCGAUCUGCGCAGGAUGAAGACAACGAAACGAGCAGCACUUACGCGUUAUUCGAAAUACCGGACCUUCUCUCUCCGUGAGCACUAUACCAGACUGAACUCGGCGUACAAGGUCGCUAGUCGUCUGUGUUUUAAUCGAUAUCAGCGCAAAAUUCAGCAAAAUCUGAAGUCCAAACCGCAGGAGUUUUGGAGGUUCGUGAAUGAAAAGAGGAAAGAAUCUGGUCUUCCUACGACGAUGACUUUGGACGAAAAGGUGGCAUCCACACCAGACACUAUUUGCCAGCUUUUUGCAGAAAAGUUCUCCAGCAUUUUCUGCAAUGAAACUCUUCCGGCAGCGAUUAUUGCUGAGGCAGCAAAUAAUGUUCCUUUGGUAGAGGACACUUGGGCCAACUUUGUUGUCGAUGCGACAAUGAUUUGCGAUGCGGCUGCGCGGUUAAAAACAUCCACGAAACCCGGGCCGGAUGGAAUUCCUUCUGAUUUUCUGAAAAAGCACAUUGAAAGUUUGCUGAUUCCCAUACUGCACGUGUUUAAUCUCUCGUUGUCCAAUGGAGUGUUCCCAUCAAUUUGGAAAACGUCUACGAUGUUCCCUGUGUACAAGAAAGGCGACCGGCAAAAUGUCACUAUCGGGGUAUUUCGUGUCUAUGCGCGAUCUCCAAACUGUUUGAAUUAGUU